AUGCGCUGUUCACAUCCCCUGCGGACUGCGCUGCGCCGCACGGUCGCGCUGCUCACCAUUAGCGACGAGUAUAUACCACGCGCCUUUCCGGUGAAGUCGACGACGGGCCUGGCAGGCGUUGCAGUGGAGCCGCUGUGGAAACCGAAACUCCUCGCCGCGGCGGCGGAGUUGCAGGCGUUCUUGACCACCUCUGACAUCCCACCAGAGACGACGUACUACAACAUUGCCAUGACGCUGGUGAAGCGCAUCAAUCACGGCAUCAAGGAGUGCCAAGACGACUGGUGCACACUUGAGAAGCGGUAUUUCUGGGGGUGGCCGGUGGAGUAUAUCCUGCAGGUGACGUGGCGGGAGCUAGAGACUGCACAAAAGUGGAAUGAGUGGCGCUUCUGGGAGCUGGACCCGGAGCAGGUGAAGAAGGUCGCGCGCGAGGACCAGAAUAUCGGUAGGGAGGGGCUCGGCUACAACAGCCCCUGGGAGCAGGUCGUGCGGGAAGACUUCGACAAGCGCAAGAAAGCGCUCACGCAGGAGGAGAUGGCAGAGUUGAAGCGCAUGGAUACAGAGCGCAUGGCGCGUGAGACCGCCGCCUACAAGGAGCGCAAGGACCGCAUUCGCGACGACUUGGAGAAGGCGCGUGGUGACAUGCUUAAGAAGUUCCUCAACAAACGCUUCGCCGUGGACAAAGACCUCCAACGUAUGCAGCCUGGCGCCCGCUACAGUGGCAAAACAUCGGAGGACCUCAUCGCCGAACUCAAGUCGUCGGUACAGAACAACCCGCAAAAACAGGAUCCAAAGAAGUGA